GAGAUGUCUGCCCAGAGGUUAGUUUCUAAUGGGACGUCCCAUCAAUCUGCAUCUAAUUCUGAUUACACCUGGGAAUAUGAGUAUUAUGAGAUUGGACCAGUUUCCUUUGAAGGACUGAAGGCUCACAAAUAUUCCAUUGUGAUUGGAUUUUGGAUUGGUCUCGCGGUCUUUGUGAUUUUCAUGUUUUUCGUGCUGACUCUGCUGACCAAGACAGGAGCCCCACACCAAGACAAUGCAGAGUCUUCGGAGAAGAGAUUCAGAAUGAACAGCUUUGUGUCAGACUUUGGAAGGCCAAUGGAACCAGAUAAGGUCUUUUCUCGACAGGGCAAUGAGGAAUCCAGGUCCCUCUUUCACUGCUACAUCAAUGAAAUGGACCACUUGGACAAGGCCAAAGGUGGUCUCCAGACCACAGCCCUCGACAGGGAAGUUCAACUUCAGGAAGCCAUCAGACGCAGUGGGCAGCCAGAGGAGGAGCUGAACAGGCUCAUGAAAUUUGACAUCCCCAACUUCGUCCACACGGACCAGAACUCCUCCUUUGGGGAAGAUGAUCUCCUUAUUUCAGAAACACCUAUUGUUCUAGAAAAUAAGCCAGUUGCCCAGACCUCACACAAAGACUUGGCUUGA